CCGUCGGCGUCGUCUGAUUGGCCAAGGCGCCCUCUCCGGCGCGCACGCCGUUUCCGGUGUCCCUGUGUGCGCAGGCUCAGUUCGCUCGUCUGCGCUCUUUUAUUUAUUUACUCUCUCUCAUCUAAGAUGGCUGUUCGGAGCUCUUGAGUCCCCCGAGCGAAGCGAUCGAGGAUGCUUGCGCCUCCAAAAUCAACUUUCACCCGGCCAUCCCUUCCCACGCGCACCCCGUAAGGCGCGGAGGGGACUCUAGCAUCACUACCGCCUCCGAGCGCCCCUUCCAUCCGGCGUGAAGCUCUUUAAAUCAAGUUGUUUGGCGAAGUCGAGCCCCGGCACUGAGUGCGACUGACUGAGUGAGUGAGUGAGUGAGUGUCCGAGAGCACUGAACAUCCAAAUGGCCGAACCGAGAAAAGUGCAAUUUGUCACCCUGUCGGCCCUGGCCGGCGGUCCGGGCGCGGAGGGCAGGAGACGGCGGCUGGAUGAGGACGGAGCCGCCGAGAUGAGUUUUGACAGAGAGGGCAGGAUGAAGAUGAUGGGGACUGGGGUAACGACAGCAGAUGACCGCGGGGGUUUGAUCGAGAAGAGAGACGGCGAAGAGCCCAAAGGGAAGACAGUGCGCCUCAACCUGUGUCUGUCCGAGCCUAACGAGCAACGCUCGGCCGAGUUCAACUACAGCGAGCUCAUCCAGUCUCAACAGGCCAAGAAGAAUCCACCAGAUUCUAAAUCUUCCUUGGACCCCAAUGAUCCCUUUAAUGCUGAUGAGAGAGAACGUCGGGAGGUCGAGGCACUGGCCAAAAAGUUUGAAAGCAAAUACGGUAACGCAGGGAAAAAGAGGCGGAAAGAUCGGAUGCAGGAUUUGAUUGACAUUGGCUUCGGCUACGAUGAGAGUGACCCCUUCAUAGACAACUCGGAAGCUUAUGAUGAGCUUGUUCCAGCCUCCCUGACCACUAAGCUUGGUGGAUUCUACAUUAAUACGGGUACUUUGCAGUUCAGAGCUGCCUCUGAAUCUGAGGGAGAGGAUAGGGGCAAAGAAGAAAAAUCCAGGAUGCGAGAUGGAGAGGAACCACUGAUAAAAAGAAGGAAGAAGAAAGAUGCAACCAGUAUAGAGGAGAAAAAACCCAGGAAGAACAAAGUAGCUAAACAAGGAGUGGCUGGUCUGAGUGUUCAUCGCCCUGAGAAGAAGAAGCGGAAGAAACUGAUGAAGGAUUCGCUCUGUCUGGCUGCAGUGCUCCACCGUUUCACACGAGAGAAGGAAGAGAUGCGGAAACGGGAUGCCAGUGCGUCUCAUCCGGGUCCUGGUCUCACCAGCAGCACUCCCAACCCCAACAACCUACUGCAGAACUCCCAUCUCCAAGCCAAUGCCAACAACAAUGACCUUUCACUAGCCGACCUGACGGCUGACCCCGCCAUGAUGUCAUUGCUUAGUUCGGCCAAUGAAAGCGAGCUUCAGGAUCUCAUGCAUGACCUGGAUUUUAGUUUUUUGGAAGCAGGGCCUCAGAUGCCCCCAUCAGCCAGAGAGAAUGGACAGGUUGGGUUGGGUUCAUCAUUGGGGCAUAAGAUUGGAGGAGGGGGACUGAAUCGAGGGCAGGAUGGUCUCAUCUCUUUUCCACCUCUCCCCGAUGGUCUUCCAGCCCCCUUGAUCAAGCGCAUAGAAGACCUUCGAGCUGCAUCGAGGCAAUUUGAUCAAGAAGGCAGAAAGAAAUUCUUCACACUGGAUAUGAAUAAUAUCUUGCUGGAUAUUGAGCUGCAGGUUCAGGAGCAGCCGGCAAACAUUCGUUCUGAGGUGUACUCUCACCUGGAAGCCUUUGUGCCCUGUAACAAGGAGGCGCUACUAAAACGACUCAAGAAACUCAGCUUCAACAUCCAGGAUGACCGCCUGCGCACACCCCUGUUAAAGCUCAAACUCGCCGUGUGCAGCGUGAUGCCAGAGCAGAUCUCCAGAUAUAACAUGGACUGCAUGGCAAAAGCUGCAGCUAAGCAGCAGAUAGAAGAUGGAGAGAAGAACGGAUCAGAGGAUGAUGAUGAAGAAAAACCAGGAAAGAGGGUGAUGGGACCAAGGAAGAAGUUCAUAUGGGAUGACAAACUCAGGACUCUGUUGUGUAACCUGGUGCGUGUGAAGCUGAGCUGUUAUGAGCUGGAGCAGUGCUCUCUGUCUGUGGAGGACUAUCUCAAAGCCUUCAUGGAAAAUGAAGUCAAGCCACUCUGGCCCAAAGGCUGGAUGCAGACCAGGAUGCUUUUUAAGGAGAGUCGUGCGGUACAUGGUCACCUCACUGGCCUGGGCAAGAAAAGGAUUGUUCCAACCCCAAAAGCUGCCAAAAUGACGGACGUCAGCUGGACACAGAGACCCGCUCCAGGUGUUGGAUCCACCUCUGCCUCACCUGCCUUACCCGCCCCAGCAUGCAGACCGCCCUCCUCCUCCUCUGAACCCAUCUGCCUCUCGGAUUCACUGGACGAGGAUCUGGCCGCUAACUCUCUAGACUCCAUUUCCCAAGCUCUCGCUCUCCUCAGUAACGCUGCCAAGGGACUGACGCCAAACAAUGGCGUUCCCGCCGCCUCUUCUCUCUGUGUCCCCGGAUCCUCAUCUGGAGUCAGCCACUUCUCCUUACCUCUGUCACAUUCCACCCUUCCAGCAAAAAUGGAGUCUUCUGGCAUCUCAAAGGCAAAUAUGAGCACUCUAACUACCUCUCCUUCCCUCUCCUCUCCGCUCACCUCGACUCCUUCUUCCUCCAUGCGAGGCGAAAACUUCAGAAUGCUGAAGGACGGCGGGCCUGUGCAGAGACCCUCGGGAACGCCCACUCACAGAGCUGGCAUUUCAGGAAUGAACACGGCGCAGUCUGCAAAACCCCGUCCGCCCCCUACCGCCUCGCCCCUCUUGCCCCCGCAGCAGAGGUCAUUUGGGACAAUGGGAGUGAAGUUGGUUCAGACUCCGCCCCCUGUUGGACAAACAAAAAACUGUGCUAACAAAUCCACUACUGGUGGUGGCGGUACUGUGGUUUCCCAGCAGCCUCGUAUGAACACUCAUCCCUCUCUGAUUAAUCCCAAGAGUCCUCAGCAGUCUCCCCCUCCAACCACUUCCUCUCCUUCCACUCUACUAUCACAGGCCAAGACUCCCUCAAUGCCACACAACCAGUCAAACUUCAUCACGCCCAUGCAGGCCACGCUCACCAAGUCUUCCCACAGUAGCAGCUCUCCUAUUAUCAAACUCACACCACGACCCCCUGCCCCUACUCCUCCUUCUUCAUCCUCACCCUCGCCUUCAUCAUCUCCCUCUCUCACCCACCCCAGGCCUCAAAUGAUCCCCAGCUCGCACCAAUACAGCCCCAAGAUUCCAACCUUCAGGCCGCCGUUUACCACACAAGGAACCGCAGUGGGAUCCGGAGUCAAAUCCGGAUCAGGACAGGCCAGUUACAGUUUUGCAGGUGGACACAAAUCCAGUAGUCCACCCACCGGUGGCGCCAACAACACCAACACCGCCCCGAUGGCCACGUCCCUGUCUGUAGGGUGUCAGGACGGUAGCCCCUCCCCUUCAGCAGUCCCAGCCAAUCACAGCCAGCGGCAGAGGCCAGUGGGAGGGACUAGUCAGAGUGCCAAGUCUACAACAAGUCGGGCAUCAGCCAUGAGCCUGCCCUCUCCUCCUGUCUCCUCUCAUCUGUCACAGGUGUCUUCAGCUUCAGGAAGUAACCUCUUGGGCUCAGUGCCCCCCUCCCUCCCCCUGGGUUUCGGGAUGCUCGGGGGUCUAGUGCCUGUUUCUCUACCCUUCCAGUUCCCCUCGCUCCUCAACUUCAACCCUCCAGGCCCUGGGGUUCCUGGCUGCAGCAACAUGGGAGCUUCCCCCACUACCAACUCAGGAUACACCCUGGCACAGAAUCUGUUUAAGAGUCUUCAGCCAGGGUCUCAGGUCGCUCUACCUCCCUACUUGCAGCUUGCUUUCUCAGAUGCAAACCAAAGUCAGGGGGGAGACACGAAGAGGAAGUCCCACUGACCACCACAACCAGAAUGUACAAGUGGACACCGCUGGCGACGGAUGUUUUCAGCUGCUUGGAUGAACACCUGCUGCGCUUUCUUUCAUUAACGACCCUUCUUCAAUUAACGUCAUUCUGCUUUUAAUCGAUCAGUGUUCUGGACGAUUGGAGUGAGCCGGGUGCAUUUGAAUUUUUGUUGUUUGUCAACAUGUUUACACAAGACCUUAAUCACUGUGGACAUAGAGCUAGAGGAAGUGAGAGGAGUACGAAACAAAGCAACAUCAUUUCUAUUUAAGUUGAUGUCGGCUGGAAACGUGCAUUCCUGUGGUUAUUUUUUUUCCUAAAGGGAUGGGAUAGUCCAACCAUUUCCUUCUAAGACUGUUGGAAUAGAAGCUGUUAAUAAUACAUAUGGGUAAAUAAUUUAUCAUUUUUCGACAGGGACAUAUUAUGAUGUUUAAGUGUAUUAGUAGAAUAAAAUGGUAUGUAUAUAAAAUAUACAUUAAUAUUAAGUGAUACAUUUUCUUUGGAGGUCAGUACGUGUGAUGUUCCUCUCAUCUGUGCGUGCAGAUGUCUUGCUGUCUUUGGUGCUGCAUAUCUCACUGGACCUUGUGAAAGAAAAAAGAAAAAAAAACACAUUCUUUUACAGAUGAAUGAAUCAUGUGUGAAAGCUUUUCAUAGAGGAAAAUUAUGAGAUUGUAGCCUACUUGAACUUUCAGUUUAGUUUUGCUUAAUAUCAGUACAAGAACUCCCAAGACUGUCAAUAAAACGCCUUAGUUUGCAAGUUUGAAUAACUAUGCAGGACUGUAAAUGCUUCAAUGCAAAGUAAGCUACUGCUUAGAGCUCCACUUUUGACAUUAGUUGUGUUUGUGUGUGUUUGAUGGGUCUGCCAUUACCUCGCUGGACCGUUAAUUCUUCCUUCCAUGUCUCUGUUCCAUUUCAUCCUUUGCAACCACCUGUUCAUUUCAAAAUGUCUGGCACUGCUCACCUGCAUCUUAUGACUGUGUUCAAAUGAGAAUUGGCACCAAAGAUGACAGCGUUCGCUCAGAGUUGACAAGCAACAGGUCAGGUGUCUGUGUGUGCUCAGUGUAACAUCUUAAAUGUGUGGUCUCUGUGGAUAUUGUGAUGGACUGACUUUUAAAAUCCAAUUUUAUAUAUUGCUUUAUUUUAUUUUCUAAAAAUGCUGAAGUGGAUGGGCGUAAUUUUAACUGAUGCUCACCUUGAAAAUUCUUAUUUGGGUAGAUUAUUUUUGUCUUGAUUCUGGAAUUCAAAUGCUGUCAUUUUUGUUUCAAGUACAAGCUCUAAAAAUUCAAUAAAAAACAUUGGCGGAUAUGGUUGUAAAGUUACUGGCAUAACUGAGGGACUGUAGCUCACCCAAAAAUGAAAAAUCUGUCAUUAAUUACUCACUCAUGUUGUUCCA